UAGUCCAAAACCCGAUCCACGUAACAUAAUAAUCUUCAUAAGAGGGAAAUUGUUUCAAUUUUGAAUUCGAACCGAAAACUGAAAUUUCAAUCCCCAAAAUGAGACCCGCCGCCGGCAACAUCCGUCGUCCACAACCCAAAGACUCCUACCUACCACCAACUCCUCUCACCAAUCUCCACCGUGACUCCGACGUCAGUUUAGUAAGCAGCCGUCCAUCCUCCGUCGGAAUCCCUUCCUUCGACGUUUACAAAGAACGUUCAUAUCAACAAUCCGCCGUCUCAUCAAUCAAUUCCUUCCUCUCCUCUAACAAUUUCAAUGUCACUUUCAAACCUUCUUCAUCUCCUUCCGCAAAAACCAUUCACGAAACCCUAAAAUUCCUCCUCACACUUCUCGAAUUUCCUACAAACAAAAUCGAAGACGAUCUUCCAUUACUUCUUAAACUCUAUAAUUAUCCUUUCAAAAUUAAUAAAUCGAUUCUUAAAGCACCCGCUGCGCCUCAUCAAUGGCCUUCGAUACUUUCCCUUAUUCAUUGGCUUGUUCAGAUUUGUGAUUUUAACCUAUCUUUGGAUCCUACAUCAAAUACCACUGCUCUUCAUAACAAUAAUCUUCUGUUUCAAUAUACUCUUAACAAUUACCUGAAUUUCAUUCAUGGUGAUGAUGACGCUAUUCUUUACCUCGAUGAACAAAUGCGUGAGAAGAUUCUUACUCAAAAGUCUGUUGCUGAGAAGAAUCUUGAUGAUGUUGAACAAACUGCUGUUGAUUUGGAAGCUGAAUUGGAGAGGUUGAGAACUGCGCCGUCUCAGAAGGAGUUGCUUGAGAAAGAGAAGGGUGUGCUUGAAGGUGAUGUGAAUAAGUUUCAUAAGAUUAUUGAGGAGUUUGGGUCGCGGAUUGAGCAGUUGGAGAGGGUUUUGGUGGAGAAGGAGAAACAGUUGGAGGCGAAGUUGGUGGAGAGUGAGAAGAUUUGUGAGGAGAAUGAAGAGCUCAAGAAGAAGGUGGAGUUGCAGACUUUUAAUAUUAGGGAUGUCGAGAGGAUGAAGAAGGAGUUGCAGGCUGCUGAGAGGGAUGCCGGAGAGGCUGAACUUGCUAGAAAUGCUUGGGAGGAAAAGUGUUGGGAAGUUGACAGUACUAUCGCCCAUAAGAUCAAAGACUUAGAAGCUCUCUUGAUCGAUUGCAACCAGGCUUUUAAGAGGUUGAAGAUUGGUAAUGACAUUCAGUAUGUGUUGAAUCCCAAAGGAACCACGCCGGCUGAGAUAAUGGGUAUUGAUUACAAAGUCACGCUGAAGCCUGUACUUGACUCCUUUGCUGAUGACAUCAAGAGAAGUUUUGUGGUGAAAUUGGAAGAGUUGGCUUCCCUUCAAAAAAAGUCUGCUGAAAAUACUGCUAGGCUCGAGGGGAAGCGAAAUCAGCUUGCUGCACUGCAGUCGGGCGUUGAUCAACUGGAAACUCAAAGGGACAUAAUAAAGAAGGAAACACAGGACUACACAAGUAGAUGUUCUGCCGAAGCUAAGAAAAUGUUGGAGGAUAUUCAGCUAGCAGAUCAUGAUGUGGGCAUUAUGGAAAGAGAGGUAGCCGAGGUUCUAAAGACAUCUGAAUUGAAGUUGCAGGAAACGAUGAGACAAACUGAAGAAGAAAUUCAAGUUCAUGCUCAUGAACUAUUUAAGUUGAUUGAUUCAGUUUCAAAGUACAAAGAACACAUUGGGUCUAAAGUUUCAGAGAUUAAAAGGGAGCUAUCGGAAACAGUAACUGCAGUCUCUGAUAUAUAUAGAGAUUCAUUCCCAGAAAAAUAUUGCUAUAUAUUGGAGGCAUGCCGCCAAAUUGAGAAAACUUAUUAAGUGAAGAAGCUUUGUGUUUACAAAAUCUUCUUAGCAUCUUUCUUCUUGUGCAUACUUACUGCUUGCUUCACUGGAUUGUUCUACUUUUAAAUAUAAAAAAAUAUAUCUAUGGUUAUGUGAACCACUCAAUCUAACUAGCUCUAUUGUGAAAGUAGGUUUUCUUAGUUUUGGGUUGUAAUUAGUACUCAUUCAGCUACAUAUUUUGCUCUUAUGUUCAUCUUGUUGUAUCAACUUUGUGUAAGAGUAUGCUUAUUGUAUUAGAGAUUAGAUUUAAUGCAAACUAAUUUGAUCUGUGUAAAAUAUUAGAUUAAAAACAUAAAUGGAAUUUGUACCAAAAUAAAGGACCCACCACGAAGAUAUAAUUAAUUA